AUGGCCACAGCCGAGUCCUCCCAAUCUGGGCAUUUCAAAAGCAAUGCCGACUCUACCGUCUGGAGGCUCCCAGGAAUCGACAAAGACUCAUUCUAUGCUGCAGCCCUCUACCUCCAUGCCGCGGCCGAAAACCUUGAGACAAAGCCAUUUUGGGAGGCCUCGGACGCCUUUCCCGACGAGCGAAACUUCCUCGACCAUCUCGCCAACUGUUUUGCCCGGUCUAAGCUCCAAGAUGCGCGAGACCAUGUCUCGGCCACUGCCAUGGUGCGGAAUAAGGAGAGGAAGACCAUCACGGUAUAUAUUGCCAAAAAUCGGAGCGACAAGCAAUACUCGCCUCCUCCCUCCGGGGGAAAGGAAACCGCCAUCCGCAACGAAAACGAAGAGUUUGCCGCCCGUCUGAUGCAGUGGUUCACUUCCUUGGCCAGCCAGCAUGCCACUAGCGGUCAGCUUCAUAACGACAAAAGCCACGUCCGCUCGGAUAUCUUCAGGUCCAUGUGCAAGUCCAGCGAGUCCCGUCUUGAAUAUUACAUUGCCAGAAUCGGCGACGCUGACGUUGAGCUUCUGGGUACAACGGCGGAGCUUGACCUUGUGGGCAAGUCUCGGGAUGGUUGGAGGAAGGUCGUGCCUCUUGUGGAGAGAUGCUCGCAGUACAAGGACGAAGAAUCCCAGCUGUUAAACCUGGAAGCCGAGAAAGCAGAACUAUUGGCUGCCUAUGCUCGAGAUGCGGGCAAUAUUCGCCGAGAUGCUGACUUUCUGGCUCUUGUACACGAAGUCGAAGCUCCGACCCUCGAAAACAGCGUCAAGUUGAAAGGACUUGCUCAGGUAGUCAAGUGGAUCAACUACCUGGGCCGCGUGUUCUCGGCUUUUGACUACUUCCCCAGGUUCUGCGGCAGUGAAGCUCGUCAAGGGUAUGUUUUCGACUACGUCUUGCUUGCAUCACAAGAAGAUGAUUGGUAUGGCACAGCGUACAUGCAGAAGAUGCAAUCAUGGACCGGGAAUCUGGACUUGGCUCAGGAACGACGGAUCCCGAUAGUCGUCAAUGGGCGUGCUUCGUGGGAGAUCAGUUCCGUCCAGAAUAUCAUGGAUAGCGUCGUACACGAGUCUGGAAAUAAGGCCCGCGUGCAUUGUGAAAUGCAGCUCCUCAUGUACUUCUCACAAACAGGGGUGGAGCAGUGUCUGAAUUACUUUGGCUGCAGCAAGAAGUCUUGCUGGCUGUGUUGGCAAAUGAUCCGCCAUAACUCCAAACACAGCGUCAGAGGGACCCAUCGGAAGCUGUAUCCUCGAUGGGCAUUUCCCUUCAAUUUCGAUCCGUCUCAACCCGCCAUCGCCGAGGGACUGACAAAUGCGUACUCCGAAAUGAUGGCUACCAUUCGAGAUCUUGUCAUCAAUCAGAAACCUGUUCGUUCUAUGGCGCCGUAUCCGCAGAGCUCGGCGUUGAUUACUCCGCCUCGCCGAAGCGGGAAAAGACACGACCCUCUCCAAGAUUCUGAAUCCGGGAUUUUCUCUUCUAACCCGGUCGCAGUGGAAGGGAAACGGCCUGUUGCGGAGGUGCCAGCUCUGCUACUGCCUGGAACCGGCAGAAUAAGGCAAGUUCGACAACUAAAAGUCCAUGCAUAUAAAACAGAUGUAAAUGACGUGAACAGUCUACUAUACACCAAGUCUCUGCUCUUUCAGGAUCAGGGGGUGACACUGGCAUUCCAACUGGCAAAUCUUCCCGCAUCUUUCGACAUGGUAUCAAGUUUCGAAGAUUUUCGUCAAAGAUGCUGGCUUCCGACGACUUUUAAAGAAGUGAAGCUCGAACGCAUUAACGAGAACCUCGGAGACAUCCGAACUCACCCAGACCGAAAAACUAAACUCGUUCAGACGGUUUAUGCUUUGUGGUACCGGUCCGCUAGUAGCCUGCCCGCAAAUCCCAUUCUGUUAGAGUUAUAUAGAUCUGGUCAAGGCAAAGACCCUCAGAAGUUCCCUUGGAGAGGAGACGUGAUAAUACAUUCGGUUCAGCCGCAAAAAAGGCAAUACCCAUCAGCUUUAAGCACAGAUUCUUCCGACAUCGAUGCAGAGAGUUGUCUCCGGACUCUUGAACGGUACUUUUGUGGUAUUGGAGCUGACCUUGCGGUUAGGCAAGAAGCAAGUGACACGGAUUUUGCGGAAUCUAGAUACAGCAUCUUGGAAAUUGCUAAAGAGUCGAAGGAGAUGAACAGAAUGAUGGUGGAGUGGUCGAAGGAGAUGAACAGAAUGAUGGUGGAGUGGUCGAAGGAGAUGAACAGAAUGAUGGUGGAGUGGUCGAAGGAGAGGGAGAACAGCAUGGUGGAGUUGUCGAAGAAGACGGAGAACAGAAUGGUGGAGGUGUACCAUCGGGCUUUAGAAAAACUGGAAGCGAUGACGGAAAGAUAA